AGGCUUUUUUACUUUCGUUUUCUCCCUGUUCCCUUGCUUUCAACCCCGAAUCAAACAGAAAUACAACUCCCACAAAUCUAAUCAAAUACAAACUCAAAUACUUCUACUUUCCUCUUCUAUACAGCUUCCACUUCGCUCUUAGAACUAUCGUCUCUCACUUCUUCUCCGUCUAAUAUUUCGCUUUUACAUCAAUCGUCUCUCAUACAUUAGCUAUUUCGUCCUUCUUGUCGCUCUUAGAUCUAUCGUCUAAGGCAUAUCAAAAGAAUGGUCUUCUUGUUCCACCUCUCGGACGAGUUUGCUCGCAUAUCGUCCCCCAUCUCGUCCCCGGGUGAUUGUUCGCCGGGAGAUGCUUCGCCGGAUGAUGACGCGCCGGCGGCGCGGGUGGUGCCGCGGGCUUUUGCGGAUGCUGGUGCCUCGUUCGUCUCCGUCUAUCGAAUGGCGGACAGCGAUGACGAGGACGACGAGGAGGAGGAGGAGAGUGACGCGGUGGCGUGCUGGUGGGACGGGUCCCUUGAGCUGGAGGGGCAAAGCGGUGGGAUGGGGGAGCGAAGCGGCCCGGAGUGGUUCAAUUUGGCGGCCGAUGAGGUGGCUGAGGAAGAAGCCACAGCGGCGACGCUUUUGGGCCUCCUGUUCCUCUUGGUUGCCUUGGCCUUUUGCCUUGUGGGGGUUUUCGGUAUUUCUUUGCUUAUUAUUUUUUCUUUGUAUUUUCCGCUCCUCUUUUAGUCUGUUACUGCAGCUAGUGAGUUAGUAUCUGUGUUUAUGUGAUACAGCUUAUUUAGUAGGUUAUUGCCAGUAAGUUCGUAAUAGUAAGCUAGUAUGAGAAUUUCAGUAUCAGUAAGUUAGCGUCGGUGAGUCAGUACUAGUAAGUUACAGUAUCAAUAUUUCAGCAAUCAGCAUCAGCAAGUGAGUGCCAGUGCCAGCAUUUUAGUAUCAGUAAGUCAGUACUACUGUUAAUUUAGGACCAGUAAUCUAGUAUCAGCAUUUUAGCGUCAGUAUAAGUUCGCAUCAGAAGUAGGUUAGCGUUAGUAUCAGUAAAUGAGUGCCAGCACCAUUUUAUUACCAGUAGGUCAGUAUGAAUAGGCUAGUGUCAGUAAUCUAGUGUCAGACCAGUAACUUAGUGUGAGUGAUAUAGUACAGGUGCGCUAAUGUCAGCAGCCUAGAGCCACCAAGUGUCGUUGCGUAGACAUAGCGCUAGUGAACUUGACGAAAACUUCUAACAACCACAGGCCUGCUGGUGAACGUGGCGUUUGGCCUGCUUGUGCGGGUCACGGAGUCCUUAGCCAAGCUGGUGAGUCUUGCGCUCGAAAGUGCACAGUCUACCACCAGAGGAACAAAAAGAGAGCGAGCGCGGGCUAUGUGUAUCCGGCGGAGGUACAGCCUGUGGCAGGUGAGUCAAUUCCUUUCCUAUAAUCCUGGACAUGAUGAAGACAACGAGGACGGACGUCAGCGCUUGCUGAGCAAAUCCACUCACUGAGCAAUAUUUGUGCUUCUAUAAUUUGAAUUGUUAAACAUUAAAAACCAUGGAAUCGACUGCGACGGCGAUAAUUUACUUACCCAAAAACAAAUAAAUGUUCAAAAUCAUAACAGCAAAAAGCGUAGUGCAGCUUUACAGUGUAAAAAAAAUGCCAUAAUUGAUAUGCUAAUAAAGUAACGUGGUCGACAGCAGUACGACCAAAAAUCUAGUUUGUAGAAACUAAUCGUCUGUUAAUUUGAAAAAGUGAUGACGUUUAUGAUUUGUUUCCGUGUAUUAUAAAACUAGUGAAGUCCUCCAAGUAGGAGUUGGUAACUGAAACUGUACUAAUAAGUUAGAGCUGCAGAUUGUUUUCAUUGAAGAGCCUCUCAGCAUGUUCUCAUGUUGGAGCCAUAAGUAGCACUUUCAGCACGUGAAACAACUCAUAUGGAACAGAAAACAGAUGUAAACCACAACGACUCCAUAUCUGUCGCAAUCGAUGUAAUAAUGUAUUCGAAAAUAAGGUGUGCUAACUGUGAGUUUGAACGAACGAACAAGAUCACCAACAAUUUCUCAUGUACAAAGAAACGUAAAGGUAUAGUACUGUUCUUGUCACUGAGUGACACAUACUAUCUAGGGCCUGAAGGCCAUACAGUCCGAACCAAAACGAAUGACUUCUUGUGUACAAACUAAGAUAUGAAAGGCGUAGCUGCAGCCUUGUACUAUUAAAUUGGAGCAGCAAACUGUUGAAGGGAGUAUAUGGACAACUGUCCGCAUCACUGAGUGAUGCAUACCAACAAGUCCGAGCACCAUCAGUCCAAAUCGCACUGACUUCUUCUUGUGUACAAAGGAACUCAUGCCUAUACGCUUGCCUUGUCGCAGGUGAGCCAACUCCUAUCCUAUCCUAAGCGUCAAAAUAAGCCGCUAGCAUGCCGUUGAUUAUGAAUCUCCUGGUAGCAACGAACGAAG